ACGUCACGCUAUACUAGGUGCAGACUUCCUAAGUCACUUCAAUCUGUUAGUUGAUAUCAGCAAGAAAAAACUGGUUGACAAUUGCACCCAACUCAAGAUCCACGGUAUUACAUGUGACUACUCGGUUCAUAGCAUCUGUAUAGAAAAGCCGGAGAGUGAAAUGUUUUCUGCUUUAUUGAAACGAUUUCCUAAAAUCCUUAAACCAUCAUACAACUCCGAAGAUAUAUCUCAUACAGUUACGCAUAAGAUCAUCACAACAGGACAACCUGUGAAGGCACGUCCACGACGGUUACCACCCGAUAAACUAGCAGCAGCUAAGUCGGAAUUUGAACAUAUGAUGCAGUUAGGUAUCAUACGACCAUCUAACAGCCCAUGGUCUUCACCUCUGCACAUGGUACCUAAAACUAAUCAUGACUGGCGACCAUGUGGAGAUUAUCGCGCUUUGAAUAACGCUACGGUCCCAGAUCGUUAUCCUAUACCUCAUCUCCACGACUUCUCCUUGAACUUACAUGGAAAGACCGUUUUUACCAAAGUUGACUUGGUCAGGGCAUAUCAUCAAAUACCAGUCGCUCCAGAAGACAUUGCAAAAACAGCAAUUAUUACGCCUUUUGGAUUAUUCGAAUUCUUGAGAAUGCCUUUCGGACUAAAGAAUGCUGCUCAAACAUUUCAGCGUUUUAUGGACCAAGUUACCCAAGGUCUUGAUUUCGUCUUUGUAUAUAUCGACGAUGUCUUAAUUGCCAGCUCAUCGAUGGAAGAACAUAUGCAACACUUAAGCUUGUUAUUUCAAAGGUUUGAACAAUUUGGAGUUGUUAUCAAUCCAAAGAAAUGUAUUUUUGGUUCCCCUUCCAUUGAAUUCUUAGGACAUCGAAUAACUGCCGAAGGCAUCAGACCUACCGAAGAUAAGAUAGAAACUAUUAAGAACUUUCCCGAACCUGAUUCCUUAAAGAAACUUAGACGUUUUCUCGGGAUGUUCAACUUCUACCGACGUUUUAUUCCAUCAUGUGCCUCCAUAGUUCAGCCACUGACCGACCUACUUAGAUGCAAUUCGAAGAAAUUUCAGUGGUCUGAAGAAGCAAAAGCAGCAUUUAAUAAUGCAAAAGAUGCCUUAUCCAACGUCGUAAUGUUAUCUCACAUCAACCCAGAAGCUUCACUCAUUUUAUGUACAGAUGCAUCGCAGGUAGCAGUGGGAGCAGUUUUACAACAAAAGUUCAAUAAUGACAUCACUCCACUUGCUUUCUUCUCCAAAAAGUUGGAACCUGCGCAAACUCGUUACAGUACCUUUGGCAGAGAACUGUUAGCCAUCUACCUAGCAGUGAAACAUUUCAGCUUCUUACUACAAGGUCGACAUUUUACUAUCUUAACCGACCAUAAGCCUCUUUGUUAUGCUUUCACCACUUCGUUGGACAGACACUCUCCGAGAGAAGCCAGACAACUGGAUUACAUCUCACAAUUCUCCACAGACAUCCAGUUCAUCAAAGGAGAUUCUAAUAUCGUAGCCGAUUCUCUUUCAAGAAGUGACAUUAACCAGCUCCAAACGUCGGUAGACAUCAGUCUUGAUCGUAUGGCUCAAUUACAAAAAGAUGACGUUGAACUCCAAACCUGCCGCAGAAACUCUUCCUUACAGCUCAAAGAUGUGCCUAUCCCCUUAUCAGAUGCAACCAUAGUCUGCGAUGUAUCUACCGGCACUAAUCGUCCAUUUGUCCCUCUCAGUUGCCGAAAAGCAUUGUUCGAACAUUUACAUUCGCUUUCCCACCCUGGAGUACGCGCCACGGUCAGGCUGAUCGGCGAACGCUUCGUGUGGCCUAAAAUGAACUCUGACAUUCGGAGAUGGGCACGAGAAUGUAUCCAAUGCCAAUGCUCCAAAGUACACCGCCACACUAUUACCACCCCGAAGACGUUUGAAUUACCCGAAAGGAGAUUUCAGCAUAUCCAUAUAGAUAUCGUGGGACCAUUGCCAACAUCAAGGGGAUAUACACAUAUCCUGACAGCGAUUGAUAGAUUUACUCGUUGGGCUAUUGCAUGCCCCUUAAACGACAUAUCUGCUGAAAACGUUGCUUUAGUUUUUCUUGACCGCUGGGUGUCAAACUACGGUGUACCAACUACUAUUACAUCCGACCGCGGUCCUCAAUUCCAAUCGACACUCUUUCGCGAACUGACGAGACUUCUGGGAGUGAAACAUAUCUCCACAACAGCCUAUCAUCCGGCAGCGAAUGGUCUAGUGGAAAGAUUCCACAGACAACUGAAAAGCUCCCUGAUGGCGCAGAAUGAUACAUCUAAGUGGAGUGAAUACUUACCUUUGAUUUUACUUGGUAUCCGUUCUACUAUCAAAGAAGAUUUAGGAUGUACACCGGCUCAACUUGUCUAUGGCACCAACCUAACCUUGCCUGGACAGCUAGUCCCCUCAGCCGAUUCCACAGACGUGAACAUUGCCGACUUCACUAACCGAUUAACUAGACAAAUGCUUCAACUUCAACCAACAGCACCUCGACAAUCUCCCCGAAGAGAUCAGAUCAACAAAAAUCUACAAACUUGCAAAUUCGUCUUCAUUCGAGUCGACGCCAUCAGAAAAGGAUUGCAACCUCCAUACGAAGGACCCUUUCAAGUUAUUAAACGUUCAGACAAACACUUUACAGUGAACAAGAAUGGAAGACGAGAGACUGUUUCAAUUGAUCGAAUCAAACCCGCAUACACCGACAACGACUUUGAAUCUACAUCGGCAGCUGCGCAAUCAAAUAAUCAAACAUCCGACUCCACUCCACCGGCACCAAGUCUUAUCCUCCCUCCAUAUCACACACGUAGUGGUCGGCAAAUCAGUAAACCGGCUCGCUACGUUCAUUUUGAGGACUAACAAAAGAAAAAUAAUUAAAAAUUAUUAUUAUUUUUUUUCGUUUAGACAUUAUCAUCAUGACGGUUAGUAUUUCGUCGUAAACUUUGAUGUUACUAUCACUAUUAUUUAUUUAUAUGUACCUCACC